GUCAGACUGCACUGCAUACGCGCCGUGGCGGAGAGCGAAGAUGGCGGAGAAUAAUGUUGAACCAGAGCACGAAUGGAGCGACCGGGCCCUGGACACGGCCGAGGACACUCUGGUUGCAAUGGAAACCCUGUUAGCCACACUGAGAGCCUUCGAGGACGUCCUCAGGCAACAAGAUAUAUCCAUAGCAUCCUCCACGGAGUACUGCGACAACUUCUGUCAGGCACUGAUUCACUAUGCUGGCAGCAGGAACUCUAUGGAGCAUGGUCUGCCUCUUCUGGAGGUCUACUGUCUGUCCAUAAACUGCUUUGCUGCAGCCCGAUCCCACCUCACUGCAGAGUCUGACAAAGUGGCCCUUGUUUUGAAGAGACUAGCUUUGAGCUGUUUUGAACUGUUGCUGUCAGUGCCUGAGAAUGAAAUACCGUAUGAAGCCUGGGUUCAGUUCCACCACUCGGUGCAGAUUGCCCAUGAUACGUUGUUACAGUAUGGAAGCACAGACCUCCAAGCUUUACUCCAGAUCACAGGAGAGGGAGGAGCAUGGAGCAACUCAGUCCUUAACUCCCUCCUCACUGGCCAGGUCACCAACCCAGAAGAAGUUGAUGCAUACAUCAGCUUGGAGGGGGAGGGCUUCAUGGAGAUGCGGGUGAAACAUCUGGAGAAGAUCGGCGAAGUUGCCAAGGCCGUGGUGCUGGCUAAAGCUUGCACUGAAUGCAGCUCCAUCUCCAACCAAGCUACUUUUCGCCAAACAUACGUCUCCCUGCUUUGUCACCUGCUGCCCAAUGAGGAAGCCAUCAUGGAGAUAUCCAGACUUGACUGUAAGGAUGUCCUGGAGAUCACAUGUAAUUUGGAGACAGAGGGUGAGGAGAAUACAGCCUUCAUCUUGUGCACAACUUUCCUGACUCAGCAGCUUCAGCAGCAGAGUCAUUACUGCUCCUGGGAGUUGAUUCUGUUGUGGAGUAAACUUCAGAGGAGGAUUGACCCCUCGUUGCUGUCUCUCCUGGAACGAUGCCUUCAGCUAGGUGCCAUUGCCAAAACGGUCCACCAUUUGCUUUACCUGGUCCGUGUGAUUCAGGCAGAGGCAGAGGAUGUGGGGGUACCUGCCUCCGUAGAACUUUGUGUCAAAGCCCUUCAACUUCCAAAGCAGGAAGACUCUGAAACAAGAAUAUCUGUCUGUAAGACAGUGUCCUGUCUUCUUCCAGAUGACCUUGAAGUUUUGCGUGCCUGCCAACUCACAGAGUUUCUGCUUGGCCCCAGUCAGGAUGUCUUCGGCAGUCUUGAGGAGCUUUAUUUACGCCCUGACCAAAAGUAUGACCAGGAAAGCGAGGUUAUUCCCAACUCACUGCGCUGCGAGUUGCUACUAGCACUAAAAGCAUACUGGCCUUUUGACCCCGAAUUCUGGGACUGGAAAACUCUCAAGUAUCACUGCAUCUCCCUUCUUGGGUUGGUACCAGAGUCAGAAGGGGAAGAGGACGAGGUGGUAGACAAAGAAGAGAAGGUUAAACAACAUGAGCCACAGGAAGUCGUAGUGAAAGUCGACUCUGAGCAUCAAAAGAGGAUAAAUGGAAGUCUUGAUGGUCAUGAGCAGCAGGAUAAAAAGCAGUCUUCUAACUUAACAGAAAUCCAAGGGGAAUCGGAGGCAAAGAAACAGAAAUUCUGCUGUCAGAUCUGCAAGAGGUCAGUUACUGACACCCAAAUUGUUCACCACUCCAAAAGACAUGCAGAGGACAACAGCCACCCAUGCCCCAUGUGCUUGGAAAAGUUCAAGAGCAGAAAGGAUCUCGUUCCUCACAUGAAACUACACAUUCAGAGUGAAACGCAUCUUAACAAAAACAGCGUAAAGAAAGACAAGGUGCAGAAACAGGUGGAUGAGGAUGAUGACAUUGAACCAGGGGAGAUCACCAUUGACCCCUCUUUAAUGCUGUAUUACAAAUCCACACGUGAUCCAGAUGUGCUGGACCACAUUGUGCAACAAGCCAAAACUGUGAAAGAGAAACGCCUGGACGAUGACGAGCAUGUAACCUUCGAGUACAUCAACCAACACUUCAAACUGCAGAACCGGGACGAGUAUCCGUGUCCAGGAACUGGAUGUACUCGGAUUUUUAAACAUUCCAAGUACUUAUAUGUUCACUUAAAGUCAGAGCACAAAGGGGAUGACAAUGUGAAAUAUUUUCACCAGAUGAGAGACAAGCGGGAGAAGUGUGUUUUUUGUAGACGCCAUUUUGUCUCAGCUUACCAUCACCGCAAACAUCGAAGGGUUCACUAUGGUGAUCGGCCUUACAUGUGUGUGGUUAUAGGUUGUGGUGCUCAGUUUAGGACUUCCAACGAACUUGUCACACACAAACAGACCCAUGGCUAUCAACUCAACUACCAGUGUGAGCUCAAAGGCUGUUAUGUCACUUACUCUGACUUGGGACAAAUCUAUCACCAUGAAGCACAGCAUUUCAGAGAUGCAGCAUUUACCUGCUCUAGCGCUGAAUGUAGAAAAUACUAUUUAUCCAAAAAGGAAUUUAUAAAGCAUUUAUCCACACACAGCAUCACCUUCUCUGAAGACGACUUUGAGGCUCAGAGGAAAGCAAAGCGGAAACUUCUCAAGACUUCUAGCGAAGCGACGCCCCCCCUUAAUAAGCCAGUUGAAUCAGAAGAGAUUGCAAACGGAGAUGUCCUAAACUCUUCCUCAGUGAGCUGUGCCUCCUCUUUGCAAGAAUCUGACAGCAAAGAGCCCAAAGCAACAAUGACCUUGGUGGCUGUGUGUUUUGAUGGAAGUAAGUUCACCUGUGGUUUUGAGAAGUGUGGCAUGACUUUCUCCAGAGCCAGAGAUGUCCAGAGACAUCUGAAAUGUGCCCACCCAGAACAUCUUAAACUGGAGAACAAAGAACACAAACAUGACAAAGAGCGGGGCUCAAAGACCAAAGGGAUAAAGACCGAAGAAGAGCCAAACAGUGAGGAAAAGGGGACAAAUGAGCUCUCAACUCAAUUUCAACCUGUGGAUGCUGGCCAAGAGAAAAAAGCACCCACCGCUCCCAAAAACAAUGAAAGUAACUCUUCAAGUCUUCAAACAAAAAAUGAUGCUCUGAAAGACAUUCUUAUUGGGCUCAGUAAACUGGACUUGAAUUCCUCAUCCCCUCACAGUGUGCCAAGUGAGCCACCUCAGUCCAACCCAGAGUCUAAUGCAUCACUCGUAUCUCUCCAUCAGGCAAUCAUGGCAAAGCCUCCUGUUGUGGUGCUUCAGAAGAGACCUGCACCUCUGCCUGAGGAAAAGGUAAAAGUCAAAACCGAACAAGCAUCAACAGCUGAUGAAGAAGGCGGUCUUGAAUCAUUAGCCACUGCGAAGCCAUAUAUCUGUGAGACAAAAGGUUGUGGCUUCAGAACUGCUCAGAGUUACAGCUUACUGCGACACUACAACACCAAACAUGGCCGUACGGUGGAACAGGCUAAAAGGUUGACUUCUUUGAAAACCACAUCUUUUAAGCCUUACGUUUGCCAGCUUUGUUCCAAGAGUCACAGACAAAAACAUGUGUUGAGGGCCCAUUAUGUUCAGAUACACAACCUGAGUGAGGCUUUCGUGGACAAAAUAAGCUGUGGAUCUGUAAGGUAUGAGGGAAACAAAGACGCUGCAAAGCAUGCAUCUCAGCACUUGUCGAGUCAAGGUCUAAAAGUGAAGAAGAAAGAGAUUCCUAAGUUGCAACGCCAACCUGAGAAAAAGAACCCAAUCGUGAAAAGCGAAAAUGGACAAAACUUUGACAAUAAUUGUCCAUCUGAAGAAGAAGGAGAGGACGAAGCAGAGAGUAGAGAGGAAGGCGGUGUGAAGAAGGAAGAAAGUGAGGAUAGGACCACACAACAGGUCAGAACUACAAGACGUUUGGUAGCCAAAAGUAAUCUCUGCUAUAUAUUGGAUAAAUUCAGUAAGCCCUUUCAUUGUGUAGCAAAAAACUGUGAUGCAGCUUUCUCCACCCAGGGAGGCCUUGUGCGCCACCUGCAGUUGGUACAUCAUUACAAUCGCUCUCAGCUCUUGUUGGAAAAAGAUUUUGAUGUGCAUCACAGUCCAGAAGUCAGAAAAGAGCCUGCCAAGAAAAGGCCUCUCUCAAACUCGGAUGAACCUCAGCCCCAAUACAAAUGUCACUUUGCCAAUUGUAACGCCUCCUACCACCUUAAAAGCAGCCUAGUGCGUCACACUCGAGACUACCAUUCUCAACCACCAGAGUUAAUAAGGUGCAAGUAUGAAGGCUGCACACGGGUGUUCAGCCAUGAUGAUGCACUUAAAAAACAUACACUUUACAGUCACUGUGAGUACUACGAUUCACUGGUGGUACGUCUACAGAGCACUCACAAAAAGUCAAUUACCGGAUGCCAAAAGAAGCUUGUCGUCACACCACAGAGUCCUCAGAAAGAAGAGCCUGGUUCACCCACCGCACAAGCUGAGAGAUCGAGUCCCACGCCUGAAGUGACUGCCGACCAGUCAGAGGAAAUGGGCGAGGAGAGUCUUGAGGAGAAGAAAGUGUCUGGAGAAAAAAAGAAAGAGAGGAGAAAUUCCUACAACCGUUUUGUCUUCAGAUCUCAUGAAGAAGCACUUCAGAUGUGCCAAGACCGCUGUCUGCGUGUGGCCUAUCCAUGCAUGGUCCAGGACUGCGAUUCUGUUGUCACAUACAUGCAGAGCUUGCACCGCCACUACCUGAGGGUUCACCGCAUGCGUCGAGAUGAUCUUGUUAAGAAUGAAGAUAAGCUUGUUUAUAAUGCUGAGCAACUGGAAGAACUGAUUCAGAGGAAGUCAGCCAGGCCGACUGUUGCGGGAGCAUGUGUGCCUAAUGGGGUUCGUAAAAUGGAGUAUCAGGCAGAGCCAGAAAACACAGGGGGGCAGCCUGCAGCCAUGAGCCUGCACUCCAUCAAGGCAGACACACAGGAGGAGGAUAAUCCACUGGGAUUUCCAGAGGAGGAGGAGGAGGAGCCGCCACCACCAGUUGAGAGAAAUGGCGUCCUUGUUGGUGCGGAUGAGGUGCUGUAUGGUGAGCCGAGCACCGGUGGGCACACUGAUGACUCGGCUGCAGCACCACAGAUCGGUCAGAAACAGGAGGAGAGAUUAAGCUUGGAUAAAAUCAAACCUCUGCUUCGUCCCGUCACUGUUGACCUCUCGCCACCAUGCUCACUGCGCUUUACUACUGAAGAGGGCUUCCAAGAUGUGUCAGGCAACAAGGAUGGUACUAAAAUGUCUAAUGGGUCAGCAGCCUUUCCCGCCCCUCCUGUUCGCCAGCCACUAAAACGGAAAAACGAACUGUCAGAGCAGCCGUCAAAUGUGAAAGACCCUCAGGCUAGCCCUUCUCCACGGCCCUUUGACAUCGGAACUUAUAAACCUAUGGGCUUUGAGUCCUCAUUCCUCAAGUUCAUACAGGAUACAACCCCAAAAGACAAAAACGCAGCAGCAGUGAAACGGCGGGACACUUUCAGACGCAGUUGUUCUGUUAAGGAGAACAACCAGCUGGGGAUCUCUCACACCCGCAGCAGACGUACUCAUUCCCCUCUGCUGAAGCCCCAUACUAUGACUGGGGACUUUACAUCAGUCCAAAACUUGAAGUCCAUCCUGGACAAGGCUCUGGCUGGGUGUGGGGACCUGGCCAUUAAGCAGCUUCAGUACCUCAGACCAGUGGUGGUCCUGGGGAGACCUGUGUGCACCACCACCCUGCCUGACCUCUUCCCAUCAGACACCAACAACACCAAACUGCUUCUUGGAAGUUAGUUUAACUGAGCACCUUUUUAACAUGGCUAUUGCAAAUUACUUUGUAUUUUCACAAACUGUAACAGUAUUUUUCUUUGUCCCAAAAUAAUAGUAUUAUGGAUUUUUUGUUGUUGUUUGUUUAAGUUGCCAAACUGAAGCAUUCUAGAAAUUAGCAUAAGAUAAAAACAAGCUUAAACAGUGCACAUCAGAUCCAAGAUUGUUUUUUUUUGUUUUUUUUUUAGACAUGUUAUGGAGGCAUUCAGAUAACACCUAUUAUGUUAAUUCAUCAUCACAAGUGUAGAUAAUGUAGUUCUCCGAGAUAAAUGUACAGAUUUUCAGAUUGUUAGAGAUGGUCAGUAGCGUAUUGCAAGGCCUUUUCACUUGUGUGAAAAUGUGACUAAAAACAUUUCCUUACUACAAAGUUCUUGAGGAAUAUGUUUGGUUAUUUUUCACCUCAGUUUAUAUUAAAUCAGUGUUGGGAUGCAGUGGACAAAUGUUGGCAGACAUGUAUGUAACACUUUCUAAUAAAAAAUAAAUGUGGAAAUGAAAUAAAGCCAUUUGCUUUCUCA